AUGUUGGAACAUGGGAAAAUUGCAGAGCAGAGGAUCAUGGGAAAUUGGGAUGGGGGUGCAGAGGACGGGGAGGUGGGGGGCUCUGCCCCCCGCCCCCAGCUGACCUGCUGUCUCCGUGCCCAGGUGCCCGAGGGCCAGGUGGUGAUUCUCUCCUUCCGCGUCUUCGACCUGGAGCCGGACCCCAGCUGCCGCUACGACUGGCUGGAGGUUUUCAAUGGGCACUCGGCCGGUGCCCAGCGCCUGGGGCGCUUCUGCGGCACCUUCCGGCCCGGGGCCCUGCUCUCCACCGGCAACCGCAUGCUGCUGCGCAUGGUGACGGACGAGGGCACCGGGGGCCGCGGCUUCCUGGUCUGGUUCAGCGCCGGCCUCCCCCACGUCAAUGAGCAUCAGUUCUGUGGGGGGAAGCUGGAGAAGCCCCAGGGCAGCCUCAAGACCCCGAACUGGCCCGAGAGCAACUACCCGGCCGGGAUCAGCUGCUCCUGGCACAUCAUAGCGCCCGUGGGCCAGGUGGUGGAACUGACCUUUGGGAAGUUCGACGUGGAGGACGACACCUACUGUCGCUACGACUACGUGGCCAUUUUCAACGGGGGGGCCACCGACGACUCCCGGCGCGUCGGCAAGUUCUGCGGGGACCGUGCCCCCGGGUGUUCCAGCUACAUCUUCAUGGGCCGGGUGGACGCCGAGGGGGUUGGCAAAUUGUCCCCCGAGAGCUUCGUCGUCCCGUAUCGGCAGCAGCAGCACCAGGUCCUCACCACACUCAGCAAGCGGCCGUGCGGGGGGGCGCCGAAGAAGAAGAACGCUUGAGCCCAGGGGUGUGUGUGUGGGGUCUGUCCUGUCGCACCCCUCCCCCCCACACCCGCCCCAGCCCCCCCGAAGCCGGCUCCAUGUAUCCAAUAAAGGAGCAAACCGGC